CUGAGCUGGAGGCUCCCCUCAAGAACAGCUUGGGAUGAGCCACAUAAGCCAGCCAUUGAAGCCAUAGCUUGAGCCAUCUUUUUCUCUCUCUCUCUCUCAAAACUCUCUCUAUUUGCACUCUUUUGUGAGGAAUCAAUGGUUUCCUAUGUGGAUGAUGGAGUGGGGAUUAUAAGAUGAAGUGUGUCGUUCGGGCAACGGGCAGGGGAGCCUUAUCUGCCCGUGGCUAGUUUGGAUAAGUUGGCAGCCACUAGACGAGUGCCACGUGUCUUUCGCUUGCUUUGGUGCACCAAUGACUUGGAUUGGGUUGCAAUAGAGCUAUUGGCUGGUGCCACGUGUCCUGUAGUAUCUUGGAUCUUCAUGUUCCAGCGCCACAUGAGAGUUAGAUUAGUUUGAUGUUCAUUUGACUGGGUUUGGGGUCAAGUAAAACUCAAAUCUUUAAUUGAAGUGGAAAACUAAGAAACAGUUUCUAUAAGAGUUAAAAAAGUGAAAACAGACAGAUCAAAUUCACUUAUGAAACGAACUCUUGCCACUUAAGUGCGCUUGAAAUCAGUUUUAGCAAAAGCGCGCUUUUCUUCCUUCGACAAAAAUAUAGAACGGUCGCAUUUCAAAGCAAGUCCUUAUGUUUUUAUUUUUUUAUUAAGGUUUCUUAAUUUUAUUUUUUUAGAAUCAAACAAUUUUAGCCAAAUGAAGUAGAAGUUAUAUCAAAUGUAUUGACAAUAGUUCUAAAGGUCAAAAAAAGAAUGAAGUUGAGCAUGUCACUAAAAAUAAGGAUGUAGUUGAGGAUUCUCAAUACAUUUUUACCAUAAUUUCAACUCUUGAUCCCACUACACUACACUGCUCUCUCUCUCCCUCGUCCCUCCAUGUUGCCUAUAUGAAUGCCUUCUCUCCUCUCAAACCUCUAAACCCCCGCUCCAAAACCCUUAUCCUCCCCCGAUCUCUCCUCUCCCACCUCUUCUCCCACUCCUCCACCAAAACCCUAACACUAGAAGAAGCAGAGCCCUCGUCAACCCCUCUCACCUCUCUACAAUGCGGUCGCCUCUUACAAUCCAUCACCAAUUCCAAAUCCCUCUCAAAGGGCCUCCAACUCCACGCCCACGCCAUCUCCUCCGGCGUCCUCGGCCGCAACACCUACCUCGCCACCAAGCUCUGCGCCAUGUACGCGCUUUGCGGCGCCGCGGCCGACGCCCGCGCGGUCUUCGACGCCAUCGUGCUGAAAAGCUCCUUCCUUUGGAAUGUGAUGAUCAGGGGCUAUGCUUGUAGUGGGUUUCCUCUAAAAGCUCUGGUUUUGUAUAGGGAAAUGUUGGGUUUCGGGAAAAGGCCGGAUAGUUUCACGUACCCCUAUGUUCUUAUGGCGUGUGCGGAUCUUUUGCUUGUUGAAGUUGGUAAAAGGAUUCAUUGUGAGGUGAUUGUUUAUGGGUAUGAAGCGGAUGUUUAUGUGGGUAAUUCACUUUUGUCUAUGUACUCUAAAUUUGGUGAAAUGCGCAUUGCUAGGAAGGUGUUCGAUAUAAUGCCGACACGGGAUUUAACUUCUUGGAACACAAUGAUUUCGGGUUACCAAAAGAAUAAUGAACCCGAAAGGGCCUUGUUGGCCCUUUUUGAUUUAAUUGGGAAUGGAUGGGGAAUGGAUCGAGCAACUCUUCUUAGUGUACUCCCAGCAUGUGCUGAUCUUUCAGCACUGAAGCAAACAAAGGAGAUUCACGCUUACAUACUUCGUAACUUCACUGAAUUUGACAUAUUCGUAGUCAAUGCCAUUAUCCAUGUUUAUGCUAUUUCGGGCUUUUUAAUGGGGGCAAGACAUUUGUUUGAGAACAAUAAUAAGAACGAUAUUGUAUCAUGGAAUUCCAUAAUUUCUGGUUAUUCACAUACUGGUGGUGCUAUUGAAAGUUUACGAUUCUUUCGCCAAAUGAAUUCACAAGGUAUUGCUCCCGACACAGUUACUCUCAUUGCAGUUCUUGGAGUCUGUGAUCGGAUAGCAGCCUUACAAUUUGGACGGAGCCUUCACGGUUAUGUAACUAAACGAGGCUAUGAUAGAGAGGUUACUGUGAAUACUUCACUUAUAGACAUGUAUUCUAAGUGUGGAAGUCUAGAGUGUUCCCGCCAAGUUUUUGAUCAAAUGACUACAAGAAAUCUAAUCUCUUGGAGUGCCAUGAUCUCGGGUUAUGGACUUCAUGGGCGUGGAAGGGAAGCUGUUCAAUGCUACAGUGAAAUGAAAAUGAAUGGUGUAGUUCCAGACAAUGUUACCUUCACAUCAGUUCUGUCAGCAUGUAGCCAUGCAGGAUUAGUCAAUGAAGGGAAGAAAAUUUUCAAUGAAAUUUCAAAGGACUAUUCAUUGAGGCCCACCGUUGAGCACUGUACAUGCAUUGUUGAUCUUCUUGGAAGGGCAGGUUAUUUAGAUCAAGCAUCUGAGUUCAUUAUGAAUAUGGAGGUGGAACCCAACGCUGAUGUGUGGGCCGCGCUUCUUUCCACUUGUCGCAUUCAUCAAAAUGUGGAGUUGGCAGAAUAUGCUGCUCAGAAUGCUUUUCGCCUUAACCCUAAAGGUGUGGGCCCUUAUGUUUGCCUCUCAAACUUAUAUGCUGUUAAGAAAAGGUGGACGGACGUUGCAAGGGUGCGAGCUGCAGCAAGGAAUAAUGGACUGAAGAAACCACCUGGCUGCAGCUUCAUGGAAUUGGGUAUGGAAAUCCAUCGAUUUAUGGUAGGAGAUAAGUCACAUCCACAAUCAAAUUCCAUAUAUGCCAAACUUAAUGAACUAAGGAAGCUAGUAAAGGAUGCUGGAUAUGUUCCGGAUACCAGCUCAGUCUUUUAUGAGGUUGAUGAGGAUGUGAAGGAAAAAUUGCUAUGGGAUCACAGUGAAAGGCUGGCCAUUGCUUUUGCUCUAUCGAACACAUCAAGUGAAAUGAGUAUUAGGAUCACCAAGAACCUUCGCGUAUGUGAAGAUUGCCAUGCUGUGACAAAGCUGAUCACAAAGCUUGUUGGUAGAGAAAUCAUUGUGAGGGAUGCCCAUCGGUUUCACCACUUCUAUAACGGGCUUUGCUCUUGUGGUGAUUACUGGUGAGCUUUUAUAUGAUAUUAUAUUCUAAGAUGAGGUAUGUGAACCCACAUAACCAGCUGGAUGUUGUGUAAUUCCUGGUUUCUCAUGUGCGUAUUGACAAAAAAAAAGGGACAUAAAAAAGCAAACAUAUUGGGAAGUGUAGGCGGGUUGAACAAAGCAAUACUUGAGGUUUGCUACCUGGACAUAACAUGAAAAUUUCUUGAUGUAUUAUACUAGAAAAUAAUUCAAUAACAAGUGACAAAUUUUCUUUUUCGUAA